GACCCCUCAGAAGCCAAAUGGGCCCGACUGGUCAAAACCACCUACUCCGACCCCAACGGCGUCGAGCGCACCUGGGAAUCUUCCGAAAGAACGACUCGCCCGGAGACCUGUGAGAUUGAUGGCGUUGGGAUCGUGACCAUCCUCAACAAGGAGACCGGUCCAGAGCUGCUCCUGCAGAAGCAAUACCGGCCCCCGAUCGACAAAGUCGUCAUCGAGGUUCCAGCCGGACUGAUCGAUGCAGGUGAGACGGUGGAGGAGUGCGCCGUCCGGGAACUCAAGGAGGAGACGGGGUAUGUGGGUGUGGCGGAGCAAACGAGCAGUGUCAUGUUCAAUGAUCCCGGGUUUUGCAAUACUAACCUGAACAUGGUCCAUGUCCGGGUGGAUAUGUCCUUGCCUGAGAAUCAGAACCCCAAGCCGGAGCUGGAGGAUAAUGAGUUCAUCGAGUGCUUCACGGUGCCCUUGUCGACGCUCUUUGAGGAGCUGAAGAGGCUCGAGCGCGAGGGUUAUGCUAUUGAUGCCCGGGUGGGCACGAUAGCGGAGGGGAUCGAGCUUGCGAAGAGGUUUAAGCUUUGA